UCCUCCACCAUCCAGCAAACAAGCUCUCAAGGCAAUAUCUAGCUAGCUACUCCUAGAUAGCACACUUGAUUCGAUCGAUCGUCAGCAACGUAAACCCAUAGAUAUCGACCAUGGCGGCGCGCGCCAUUGUCGUCCUGGUCUCGCUCAUCCUCGCGGUGGUCGCCGGCGGCGCGUCGGCGCAGCUGUCGUCGGGCUUCUACUCCCGCUCGUGCCCGGGCAUGCUCAAAGCCGUGCGCUCGGCGCUGCGGCCGGCGAUCGUCAGGGAGCGGCGCGUGGGCGCCUCCAUCGUCCGCCUCUUCUUCCACGACUGCUUCGUCCAGGGCUGCGACGCCUCGCUGCUGCUGGACGACGCGUCGGGCCUGCGCGGCGAGAAGAACGCCAAGCCCAACAAGAACUCAGUCAGGGGGUUUGAGGUCAUCGACGCCAUCAAGGCGGCCGUCGAGAAGGAGUGUCCCGGCGUCGUCUCCUGCGCCGACAUCCUCGCCAUCGCCGCCGAGGAGAGCGUCGUCUUGCUGGGUGGCCCGAGCUGGGAGGUGAAGAUGGGGCGGAGGGACUCAACGACGGCGAGCUUCAGCGGCGCCGAGAACAACAUCCCGCCGCCUACGUCGGGGCUCGCAAACCUUACGUCGCUCUUCGCCGCUCAGGGGCUCUCCCAGAAAGACAUGGUCGCGCUCUCAGGAGCCCACACGGUCGGCCAAGCACGCUGCACAUUCUUCCGGGACCACAUCUACAACGACACAAACAUCGACUCCGGCUUCGCCAGGAGCCGCCAGUCAGGCUGCCCUCGUACCGCCGGCUCCGGCGACAACAACCUGGCGCCACUGGACCUGCAGACCCCGAGCACCUUCGAGAACGACUACUACAAGAACCUCGUCCAAAAGAGGGGCAUCCUGCACUCGGACCAGGAGCUCUUCAACGGCGGCGCCGCCGACGCGCUGGUCCAGCAGUACAUCGGCAGCCAGAGCGCCUUCUUCAAGGACUUCGUGGUGGGGAUGAUCAAGAUGGGGGACAUCACGCCGCUGACUGGGUCCAGCGGACAGAUCAGGAAGAACUGCAGGAGGAUCAACUAAGAAAAGAUCCUCCACUUUCUGCGCAGACAGUUGUGAAAUCCCUAGAAAUGCAGCACAAUCCGUAGCAAUCCAGGAUGUGUUUGGUCGCGCCCAUGCUUGCAAGCAGCUUGUGGUUUCCUCUCGUUCGACUCUGUUUAUGCAAUUGUGAAACCAAUGUACGUUGUGCCUGGUGGAUUAAUAAAAAGGUCUACCCCGUCUCUAUGGUCGGAAAUUAUUUGUGAAAA